ACAUGCCCGUUUGCAUUCACCGCAAGCAUGCCACUCACGACCAGCAAGAUGGAGACACCCUCGUCCUUAAGCAUGGCCUCAUUCGCGUCGUCUCUUCCAACGCACUUUCGCUAUCACUGCUGGCAACGCCUCUCUCCUGACUGUCCAGACUGAGGAACACCCGAUCAUCACACGCCCCAUAAGAGGCACGCUCACAUCCCGCAUGUACUGGCUCUCCUUCUCUUGUCCCUUCUUCCAGGCAUAAUGCUACGGAGGGCAGCAGCUCUACUUACCGCUCCGCUUCUUCUGUCGAUCGCCAACGCCCAGGGAACAGUCGUUGUGACUGCUGCUUCCGCGACAGUGACCUGCACACGUUUCCACCGGACGGGCUUCUGGGACGUAGACAUCGACAAUUGGCCCGCGCUGCCUCCCGAGUGUGGACCUCCGCUCUCGUUCAACGCGAUCCGCAACAAGAGCAAACUUCCCGCCCAGAUCUGCGGACUGGUGGGAGCGUACAUCUUCUUUCUUGUUGCGACCGGAACGCUUCUUCUAACCUGGGGUCGGCGUUUGCGAAAGAGAGCCGAGCAGGCCACCGGCGCACUGAAGGAGAUUGAAAUGAUGAACAAGAGUGACUACGGACUGGCCAGUCCCGCGCCCAGCCAUGGCAGCUGGUUUAGGAAGGGCCUGAAGCACUUGAGCCACUCGAGCAGCAACAAGAGCCCCCACCCGGAUUAUCCCAAAAGUCCUGGCAUCGAGUCUGUAAACAGCUUCGACGAUCGGGUCAUACAGAAGGACAGGGAGGCCGCGCAGCAAGAAAUGGACCGGCUUUACGCCGCGGUGGCCAAGCACGAAGAGGCGCGGAGAUCGCAGGCUCGCAUCUCCAAAGCUGAAUCGAGGGAGUCGAUGCGAUCCGCCGUCACGACAACGGACGCAAUCUCUGCGGCCGGACCCAAGCUCCCACCAGCGCCCGACGCCCGCAAGAACCUGCGGGUGCAGAUUUCGGAGUUGCCGCCAAGGGAGAUUCCUAACAGCCCACGCAGCCCUCGUAGCAUGAAUUCCCAGGGCGUACCCAAGUCACCGUAUCGGGCAAUCUACCCGUCGUUCCCGUCUCCGGGUGCAUACAGCUUCACAAGCAGCCACCAGCCUGCCACCCCAAUGACCCCCUUCUCUCCAGGCCGCGUUGAGCUGCCAGACGACAUGUAUCCAGCGAGUCCGCCGCCCAAACAUGUCCACAUGCAGAUACCGCCCAAGAGCUCAGGGAACGACUCGUCAUCGAGCAACAAGUCCAAGAAGCUGCAGGCGAUCAAGAAUCUUCGCAUCGGUGGCAACAGCGACGCCAACGCGGAGGAUAGACAGCCGCUGUCGCCGACUACACCUGCCGGUGCUCCACAUGGCUACGCUGAGCCAAUGUCUGCCAAGACAUUUGCCACCAACGAAAGCGAGGACUACUCCCGAGAGCGCUUGGACGAGCCACGGCCUCUCCCAGCGUCAAGACCAACUCUCCAGAUAUCUCUCCCAUCGUCGCCAAAGGCCAAUCGGUCACCCGUGGGAGGCACGCUGCCGCUCCGGGCCUUCCAGAACAGCAGCGGGGAUUACCCGAUGUCUCCCGGCCCUGUGAAGCAGACCAUCCUGGAGCGUAAGAACGACCGGAUCGGUCGUGGCCCGUUGACGGCCAGGACGCCGAGGACGGGCGUGCCCAUGACGCCGUACACCCCGUACAUGCCCUUUACGCCCAUCACUCCCGUCACUCCUGGCCUCAUGAGCCGCAAGAUGAGAAAGGAGCGCAUCAAGGCGCAAGGCCAAAGGGUGCUUAUGGAGGAGGAUGAGGUGCCUGACGAGGAUGAGAUGUGGCAAGGUUGAUCGUCAAACGUUCGACGAGCUUUCAAUUGCGUCGUCUCGGUGUAACUUGCUCAACUGGACUCGGGACCUCUUUUAUUUUUCUCUCUACAUAAUUGUACAACGAUUGCAUUGAAAGAUAAGCAUGCACCGCACCCCCCACCCCUCGAAUGUCGGUCACUUCUGCUGUAGGAAAUGGUUUGGGAGUUUAUUCUUGUUUAUUUCCAGAAGCUGCCACUCUCUUGAGAGCGUGCGGACGUGUCUCGAGCGGGAGACUUCUUAUUGAUACCAGAACCGAUUAGUCUAUGUAAAUGCUAUCGAAUCACUUCCAUCUCCCAGUCCGACAAGUCACCUCUUUCAAUCAUUCAAAGGC